AGGGUUUUCUUCUUUGUUUACUUUCUUAGUGAAAAAAAAAAAUAAGAAAAAAAAAUGCAGAAUCAACAACAGCUACAGACACUGAUGCAAGCUGGUCAGAUUUCAGGGAGUUUGAGUUUUAAUGGAAAUUUAAGUAAAGAAGAUGAAGAAAUGUCAAAAUCUGCACUUUCAACCUUUAAAGCUAAGGAAGAAGAGAUUGAAAAAAAGAAACUUGAAGUUAAGGAGAAAGUUCAAGCUCAGUUGGGUCGUAUUGAAGAGGAAACUAGACGUUUGGCUAUUAUUCGUGAGGAACUAGAAGCAUUAUCAGAUCCAAUGAAGAAAGAAGUUUCAACGGUCCGAAAGAAGGUUGAUAUUGUCAACAAGGAGUUAAAACCCCUGGGCCAGACUUGCCAGAAGAAGGAGAGAGAAUACAAAGAAGCUCUCGAGGCCUUCAACGAAAAACACAAGGAAAAAGUACAACUUAUAACAAGAUUGAUGGAGCUGGUGGGCGAAAGCGAGAAAAUGAGGAUGAAGAAGUUGGAGGAGCUGAGCAAGAGCGUAGAAACGAUUCGUUGAAAGAUAAAUCACCUUUAAAAAGCUCAUCAGUGACUACUAAAUUAGGCUUGUGUGAUAUAUUUAAGAUCGAUAAUCGAAAUUUCUAUUUAUUAUAUGGUUGUUUUCGCGUUUGGUGGGGUGUAUUCUUUCUUCUUAUUUUCGCGCUUUAUGUCGUUCUCUGUUCAUUUUUAGGCUUUUGAAGGAUGAUGAUCUAAUUUUAGGUGUCAAAAGGGAAAUACCCUUGUAAACAUGUUUGUAACUAAAACAGGUCUUCUCUCAAGCUGUGGAUUCUUUGGUUCAA